AUGUGGACAAAUCAACAGUUUCCAGACGACUACAGACGCUGGGACAGGUUCACAAGUCCGCAGACCUCAAAGAGAAACAUCUACGCCAGUAAGGUCAUGCUCUGUAUCUGGUGGGAUCAGAAGGGUGUCGUAUAUUACGAGCUGCUGAAACCAUCAGAAACCAUCACUGGAGAUCGUUAUCGACUGCAUCUGAUCCAUUUGAAGCGAGCUCUGCACGAGAAGAGACCGGAAUGGGAGAAUCGCCAUGACAAAUACAAUGUUAUCUUCAUGAUACUGACGUAUUUUUUACCGAUCGGAUCCAUGACAUUCACGUACGCCAGAGUCGGUGUGGAAUUGUGGGGCUCACAAAGUAUCGGAGAAGCUACGGCAAGACAGCUUGAGAAUAUUCGGAACAAACGAAGGAUCGUAAAAAUGAUGAUAGUCGUAGUAGUAAUAUUUGCAGUAUGCUGGCUUCCGUUCCAUAUGUACUUCAUAGUGACGUCCUAUCUACCAGAGAUUACGACUAAACCAUAUAUUCAGGAGGUCUUCUUGGGCAUUUACUGGUUAGCGAUGUCCAACAGCAUGUACAAUCCUAUCAUUUAUUGUUGGAUGAAUACUAGAUUUCGCCGUGGUUUCGCCCAAUUCUUCUUCUGGUGUCCGUGGGUGCGAGUCACAACGGAACCAUCUCUGUCACGUUCAGAGGCCGUGGCAUCCCGCUACAGUUGCACCGGGAGCCCGCCGGAUAUGCAUACCAGGAUAUCGCGGAACGGCACAGUGCGAAUACCGAUGCACUUACAAUCAACGAGAAGCGGAAACGACCGACUUCUGGAUCAUCGCAGCUACGACAAAAAAUGGAACUCCCCGCAUGUAUCCUGGAAGAAGGAAGAAAACUCUCAACAACAACGAGUACACACUUGGAUAUGAAAGUGUCUAUCUACUUAGCGGUUUCGAUCGACUAGUACAACCGACGUUAGCCAUAUUUAUCACAUCUCGGAAAGAAAAAAUUCCUCUUCCACCCCUGUCGACUAAUCUUCAUAUACCUCUUUAAGUGCACAAACAUUUUAUUCGAAAUCUUCACAUUUUUCAAACUUCAACGAGAUGCUAAUUGUGCGAAAAUAUAUGAUGCUAAUUGCAUGAAGAUAUCCGUGUUAUUAUAUUAUACGGAACGUAAUUUAACACAUUCAUUACGGCGACAUAUUUGGAGAUCUUGUUUGAAAUGAUGAACAGAAAAUGACAGAAAAUGCUGGUUUUCCUUUUCAAUGAUAAUUUUGCGUUCUCUUUUUCAGAACAUAUUUAAGAAAUUUUAUAAAUAAAUUAUAUUACAAAUUAUCAUAUUUUCUCUCUCUCUCUCUCUCUUUGCAAAUAUAUAUUUGCA